UUGACCUCCGAACGCAGUCCUUCAAUUUACCUUCUCAAGAGGUCCUUACAAGAGAUUCUGUGACAGUAAUUGUGGACGCUGUUGUUUAUUUCCACAUUCAGAAGCCGUUGCAUUGUUUUCUCAAUGUUCAAAAACACUCCCAAGCGACAAAACUUAUAUCGGUCUCUACCCUCCGAAACAUCCUCGGGCAGCACACUUUGUCUGAGCUGUUGUCGGAUCGAGUGAAAAUCAGCCAUUCAGCCAGAAGUGAAAUAGAUAAAAUUACUAACGAAUGGGGCGUCGAAAUGGAGAGAGUGGAUAUAAAAGACGUAAUCCUACCGUUUGAACUACAAAAAGCUAUGGCAGCUGAGGCUGAAGGAACUAGAGUUGGCAAGGCCAAGGUCAUCGAAGCCGAGGGAGAAAUCAAAGCAGCAGAAAACCUUCGAGAGGCAUCAAGAAUCAUGAUGGAGAACCCACAGACGAUGCUCCUUAGAUAUUUACAAACAUUAAGUUUUAUAGCCGGACAACAAAAAACUUCGAUUGUUUUUCCAUUUCCAUUGGAACUGCCCGAACCAGAAAGUAUGAAAAAUGCACGCAGGCCAACAGUUUAACACUAUCAAGGACCAUUUGAUAUCUUUAGAAAAAGUUAAUUUAUAGUGGUUCAAUCAAUUACUUAAAUGUGAGUAAAAUUAAA